AAGAUUAUUUCGUGUUACCAAGACGAGCCAGAGACUACGAGAGUCGAAGAAGAGGCAAUGCAAGAAGAAGCUUAAUCUCUCUCCAUCUCUCUCCUUUCUCCGAAGCAGUUCUUGGCGAUGUCGGGAACUUUCCAUUUGACUUCUGACUACGUCCCUGGUUAUACACUUUCAGACAGAAGGUGCUUCUCUAACUCUACCGUUUUGAGAACAACACUUGCUAUAUUACCUUGCUCUUCCAGUCUGGAUCAGACACUACGCGUCGAGAAUGGACGUCUGAAAUGUGGCCCCAAUAGUAGUUCCUUUGUGUGCCGAGCGAGUUCUGGUGGCUAUAGGAGAAAUCCUGAUUUCUCAAGACUUAAUAAGCAUGGUUUCCGGGGAAGAAACAGGCAAAGCGAAGAGAAAGACGAUUUUGAUGCCGAAAACUCUGACAUGUUGUCUUCAAGCAAUGGGCCUUUACUCUCUCUAUCUAACUCCCCCAAAUUCCAAGCUACUUCAUCCCCUGGGCCUAGAGAGAAAGAGAUAGUGGAGCUUUUCCGAAAGGUCCAAGCUCAGCUCCGAGCUCGAGCAAUGGCUAAGAGAGAAGACAAAAAGAUAGAAGAGGCUUCUAAAGGACAGGGAAAAGAAAGUGAAACUGUUGACUCCCUUCUUAAAUUACUGAGGAAGCACUCGGGAGAGCAAAGCAAAAAAGUUAACAGUUUUAGCAGCCAGGGAGACAAUUCAUACCAGCGACAAGGAGAUCCUAUGGACAGGCAAGAUCGCAGCGGCAAUAUUGUCAAUUCACGAAACAAAGAUCAUAAUGCAUCAUCCUUUAUCAGGCCAACAUCAAGCUUCCGAAGAAAGUCGCCAGUACCAAGAUCUAAAUCGCCUCCAACCUACUCUAGUGAGGCAACUUUUGAUCAGGCAUCGAGUUACAGCGUGACCUGGACCCAUAAGAAGGAUACAGUGGAGUCGCAUGAUGAACCAGCUGAGCCUGAGUACGAAGAUGAACCUGAAUAUGAGUCAGAACCUGGGCAUGUGACAGCUAUACUUGAACCAGAGUUAGAGCUGAAGCCAGAGCCAUCAUCAUUUUACCAAGAUGAGGAUGAUGAUGUUACUUUAGAUGCGCUAUCAGAUGAUGAUGAGUCUCUGGAUGAUACUGAUGAAGAGGCUGUUGAUGAAGCUGAGGAAGAAGUUGUGAAAGAGAAAGACUUGAGUAUAUUGAAGCUGAUGGAACUGAGAGGCAUAGCUAAAUCAAGGGGACUAAAAGGGUUUUCAAAGAUGAAGAAAGCCGAACUCGUGGAGUUGCUUGGUCGUAAUUCCAGCUGAUCUGACGGUGAAAUAUAUAUCCAAUAAAUGACAAUGCUGAAAUAAGUUAUUUUCUGUGUGUGUGUUUUGUCUGAGAAAUACUGGCUGUGAAGUUUUAUUUGUUAGGACUUUUUUCCAGUGCUUUGAAAUU